GGUGUAGCGGGCAGGGGAUAUAACGAGGCGGGGCGCUCAGAAGCGCCUCUCGGUGAGGGAAAGGAAGUGCUUCCAGCCUCCUGCAAGGGGCGGGCGUUCUCACUCCCCCGGCGUUGGUUGGAGGCUGGGGGAAGUUUGUCUCCGCUGAUGCUAGCCCGGCUCAGCUCGUAGCUGAGCAGCAGCAGCUCGCGUUGCUCCUGAGCCACCGGCCGCUUGCUCCAGAUCUUUCCUGAAAGAAGCUCUAGGGUCACAUCACUACUCAUUCUUCAGUAUGUUUAAGGGGCUUUUCCUCCAGUGUCCAGUGCAUAUACGCACACUUUUGAGAAAUGAGAACAGAUGACUCUGAAGCUGUUGAAGUGGGUUUGAGAUCAUGAGUACAAAGAAGCUUUGUUUAGCCAAGUGAAGGUAUCUGAUGUCUGAAAUGCUGAGAAGAAAAUUUUGUUUUUGUCAUAUUUUACGCUACAGGCACCUCCUUGUGCUACUUCUGACUUUAGUGGCCUUUUCGGUUCUAAAAAAUAACCAAAAGCCGGACUUCUUGAAUCACAGACAUCUAGAGCUGACUGGUGAAGAUCCUACCACUAAUAUUAACUGCUCUAAGAUACUGCAGGGUGAUAUAGAGGAAAUUCAAAAAGUAAAGCUUGAGAUGUUAACUGUGACAUUUAAGAAACGCCCUAAGCUAACAGCAAGUGAUUACAUUAAUAUGACAACAGAUUGUGCCUCUUUUACCAAGAUGCGGAAAUAUAUUAUGGAACCUCUCAGUAAAGAAGAAGCUGGAUUUCCAAUUGCCUAUUCAAUAGUGGUAUAUCACAAAAUAGACAUGCUUGAUAGACUUCUAAGAUCAAUCUAUGCUCCUCAGAAUUAUUACUGCAUUCAUGUUGACAAAAAGUCUCCAGAAUCUUUUCUGGCAGCAGUUAAGGGAAUUGUGUCCUGUUUCAAUAAUGUCUUUAUUGCCAGCCAAUUGGAGAGUGUAGUGUAUGCUUCGUGGAGCAGGGUACAGGCAGACCUCAACUGCAUGAAAGAUCUCUACAGGAGAAGUACAAACUGGAAAUAUUUGAUAAAUCUUUGUGGUAUGGACUUUCCUAUUAAGACCAACCAGGAAAUGGUGGAGAAAUUGAAAGCCCUAAAGGGUGAAAACAGCUUAGAAACUGAGAAAAUGCCUUCCAUCAAAGAAAUACGAUGGAAAAAACACCAUGAAAUUGUUGAUGGUAAGCUAAAGAACAUGGGAAUAGACAAACAACCUCCACCUCUUAGUACACCUGUUUUCUCUGGCAGUGCCUAUUUUGUUGCUAGUAGGAGAUUUGUAGAGUAUGUGCUAGAAAACAGCAAAAUCCUUGAAUUUAUUGAAUGGGCUAAAGACACUUAUAGCCCUGAUGAAUACUUGUGGGCUACUAUUCAAAGAAUCCCUGAAGUCCCAGGGGCAGUUUCUUCUAGUGACAAGUAUGAUGUUUCUGACAUGAAUGCUCUUGCCAGAUUUGUGAAGUGGCAUUAUUUUGAAGGGGAUGUUUCAAAAGGUGCCCCCUAUCCUCCGUGCAAUGGAAUUCAUGUGCGCUCUGUGUGUGUGUUUGGUGUGGGAGACUUGAACUGGAUGUUACAGAAACACCACUUAUUUGCCAACAAGUUUGAUACUGAUGUUGAUCCCUUUGCAAUUCAGUGCUUGGAAGAAUAUUUGAGAAAGAAAGCUUUGAAUCAACACAAAAAUUAAAAUGCUAUCUUGUGUAUGGUAUGACAGCUUCACACCAAUAAGGCUGUCAUGCAGAUAAAAUAUUAAGUAUGUAGUGAUGAUUUACUAGUGUGUUGCACCUUACU